AUGUCUAGGUUUUUUCUCUGCUUCGUCGAGCAUGGUUAUUGCCCAACAACAACAACAACAACAACAACAACAACAACUCAAUUGAUCACGAAAGUCAACGAUACACAACAACUGGAUCACCCACCACUCAAAAUGUCCGCGCUAGCUGAGCCCAAGGCAGCCGAUUCCGUCACCAGCCUUCCGGCUGCCGAUAUCGAAUCUCGGAUGAGGCCAAAGGGAUGGCUCUACCGCACUUGGAAGAUUGGGCCAUGGACCACUACCUACUACGCAUCCCCUCUAACGCAAGUCAUUCUCGUCUCCUUCAUCUGUUUCUGCUGUCCUGGCAUGUACAAUGCAUUGUCUGGGCUAGGAGGAGGUGGCCAGCUUGACCCUACUGCUGCUAAUAAUGCCACCGUGGCUACGUACGCUACCUUUGCUGCCGUUGCAUUUUUCGCUGGUUCUAUCCACAAUAAGCUUGGCGUGCGGACCUUGCUAGUAGUGGGAGGAUUUGGGUAUGCAGUCAUGGUGUCCUCUUACAUCUGCUACAAUCACACCAGUAACCAAGGCUUCGUCGUCUUUGGAGGUGCCUUGGCCGGCUUUUGCGCGGCCCUCUUGUGGACGGCCCAGGGUACUGUCGUCAUGGGCUAUCCGUCCGAGUCUUCUAGGGGCAGGUAUAUUAGCUUGAACUGGGCUAUUUUCAACAUGGGCGCUGUCCUAGGAGCUUUGAUUCCUCUCGGUAUGACGAUCAACGGCGCUGGAACUAGUGUCGGAGACGGCACUUAUAUUGCAUUCACGGUAUUGAUGCUCAUCGGUUCGGGUUUAGGCUUCAGCCUUGUCAAAACCUCCCGUGUUAUUCGAGAGGAUGGGUCCCGCGUGGAGCUACCUGCGCAGCCAUCAUGGAAGAGCGAGCUGAUUGGACUCUGGAAAACUCUGCAAGCCGACACUUUCAUCGUUUUACUUUUUCCGAUGUUCCUCUCCUCCAAUUGGUUCUAUACCUAUCAGUUUAACAACUACAACUUGGCGAGAUUCGACAUCCGUACGAGGUCGCUAAAUAAUGUUAUUUAUUGGGUGAUGCAAAUCGUUGGAUCAUUCGUGUUCGGAUCCGCUCUCGACUGGAAUCGCUUCUCUAGGCAGACCCGGGCUCGCUGUUCCUGGGUUGCCCUCUUCCUCCUGACGAUGGCGAUUUGGGGCGGUGGCUUGAAGCACCAGAUCGGCUUCACGCGUGCUGAUGUCAAGCCUGUCGCAGACGAACGAAUCAACUGGACGGACGCGGAGUUUGCCCCUCUGUUUGUGCUCUACAUCUUCUGGGGUUUCUUCGAUGCCGCCUGGCAAACGUGCAUUUACUGGUAUAUGGGCGCAUUGUCGAACAGCCCUCGCAAAUUGUCUCUCUACGCUGGCUUCUACAAGUCCAUUCAAAGCACUGGAAGUGCUAUUGUCUGGCGUCUCGAUAGUCUGCUCGUAUCAUACGCCGUCAUGUUCGGUCUCGCCUGGGGUUUGCCCGUUCUUGGUCUUAUAUGUUCGGUGCCCGUGGUUUGGUUCAAGAUCAAGAAUCAGACAGUGUCAGAGGGGAUUAUGGUCGAAGACCGGGCUGAAGAUGUGUCAGGCGGCAGGGAUAAGUCG